GCGCCCUCGCACGCUUGAUGAGCAGCUGCACUGUCCGCAAACUCUCAGUUGAUCGCUGUUGGGAUGGAAGGGGGACGGAGGAGGCAGUGCCGUCUCUCUCUUCCCGGGUUGGUGGCUUCGCGGGCUCUCUCCCUCCUCUCUGGCAAUUCUGUACCCUGCAGCAUCCCAUCUUCUUUGGAAACAGAGUUGCAGGAAGACUAAAUCUAUGGUCAGAAAACAACUUUCGUUUUACCAGACACACAGGAAAUAACAGCUAUGGAUACAGCUAACAACCCAUGCAAUCUCCAAGCUAACCAAACCGAAGGACCUGUUAAGCCUUGUUCUCAUAUCCUGCUAAUGAUGUAAAGCAGUGAUGACUGGUGGACUGAACUGAGGACAAAACCAUGAUCAGUGAACUCCUCAUUGUGGAGCAUCCUGUAUCUGUGUGCGUCCCUCCGCAGUACACGACCACACUCAGUGUCCGCGCUGUGGGACCAGGAACCUUGCAGUACCAGUGGUUCCAGUCAAACCAAAGUGAGGUCCCGGGAGCCACUUCAGCAGACUUCGUAGUCCAGGCUCGAGGGAGCCAGCAGUAUGCGUGCCGAGUGAACGAUCAGCAGAAGUGCGUGUUCAGCCGAUGGGUCAAAGUCAAAGUCAUGGAGAGCGGAACGCUUAGUCUCCCUGGGGGAUGGAGCGGAGAGCCCCAUAUCACCGAGAACCCAAAUCCUCAAAGGCUCUCUGUGGGGGGAACCGCCAGGCUGUGCUGCAGGGCCUUUGGGAUUCCCGCCCCAUGCUACCAGUGGUACAGGAAUGGAAAUGUCCUACAGGGGAAGACAAGGGGCAUCCUGAAGAUCGAGGACGUGAACAGAGGGAGUGAAGGCUCGUACCUGUGCGCCGUCUCUAAUGCGCUGGGGGAGCAGUGGACGGAACCGGUGGACGUCUGCAUAGCGCUUCCUGGAAAACCCACAGCAAAGACUCUCUCUGCCACAGACAAAGUGGCUCUGCUGAUCGGCAACCUGAAUUACUCGCACGUGUCCCCGCUGCUGGCCCCCAUGCUGGAUGUGUACGAGCUGUACAGUCUCCUGCAGCAACUGGGCUUCAGGGUGGUUUCCCUGCUGGACCUCUCCAAGGCCGAGAUGCUGGCCGCCAUUGGCAGGUUCCUGCAGCUCCUCAGCCGCGGUGCGUAUGCCCUCUUCUACUAUGCGGGACAUGGGUACGAAUGCUCGGGGAGGAACUACCUGGUGCCCACCGACGCGCCGCGGCCAUACCGACCCGAGGACUGUGUCAGCGUGCAACGGGUGAUGCACGGCAUGCAGGAGAGACACACAGCGCUCAAUGUCGUCCUUCUGGACACCUGCCGCAAGUGGUACAACCUGCACUGUGUAGCUUCUCUGAUCCGUUCUCUGGCUCCUCUGGGGAACACGGUUUACGGUUAUGCCACGUGUGAGGACGCAGAAGCUUUCGAGGUGCAGGACGGAGAAAGGAGCUCCAGCAUCUUCACCAAGUACCUCAACCGGCACAUCCUGCGGGCAGAGAAGGUCACGCGUGUGCUGGAGUUGGUCUCUGAAGAUCUUGGUAGGGAUCCGCUGGUGGCGGGGAAGCAGGUGAUGGAGAUUAGACACACCCUGAAGGACCCGCGGGCUCUCACAGAUCCGAUUCGGACCUCGGGACACACUCAGGAGCUCCAGAUCAGGGACCUGUGCUGGAUCCUGGCCAACGAGUUGCCACGGUGCCAGUUGCUAACGUUUGCAUGUGGCGUCACAGUUCAGCUCAGCUUCUCCGCUCUCUUCUCCAACGUGGUUGUCGUCUUCGCCAAGGUGAAGGCCGUCGGCCCUGGAAUCGUUGACUGCACCAUCCGCUUGAAGACAUCGCCUGUAAUGGGAGACAUUUUCCCCAGCCGACAUGGUUCUGACUCUUUAGACAGAAUGGGCUCCUUGUGGUUUGGCAGUAACGACAGACCAGCCUGCAGUCUCAGGUUCUGCGGCCUGCAGAAACUUCAGGAACCCUUAGUGAUUACGGUGGAUCUGCAUUACACAGACUCUCAGCAGAGAUUACGUCUGUCUGAGAGUCUGAAGCUGGAUGUCGGUCUGCCCCUGGUGGCCCUCUGGGGGCAGGGCCACCUCAAGAAGAAGGCAGAGGGGACUAGCAGGCGGCAAGACACUCCUCGCCACCAUGUAGACCACGACGCCCCACCUAGACAGCCAUCCAACCCGCCUGCCGUCCACUGUGAUCAUCCAUCCACCCAGGUGUCACUGAAGACCUGCAAAGGUGUGGCCAGACACCACCCCGGACAUUUGAUGGACAAACACAAUGAGCCAGAAGAGGUCGACGAGAAUGACUUUUUGGAACAUUUUGGGAAAAAAUGUGCAUCAUGACGGCAAAACCACAGCAGCCAUGUUGGUUGGGAUUCUGCACUACAAACAUCCCAAACGCAGGUGCUCUGUUAAGUUCUCAUUGGGACCAAUUUGAAACAUAUAUACAAUGUUGGGGAAGUAGCCCAUUACAGACAUCCAUCGGUUGGAAAGUUCAGGUCCAGAAACUACAAAUCCAGAACAAGGUUUUGUUUCAAGCUACUAGU